AUGGAGAUUAAUAACGAUGUUCAUGCCCCACGAUCACCUUCUUGUGAAAGUGAAUCCGAAAGUGAACAAGAUGAUUUAAGGCAAGCUGUACUAAAUCAUGAAAUCUGGGAUGAAACCUUACUAGAUGAAGUUGAUGAGGAUAUGUGCGAAAACCACCGUGUUCCAUCUGUUGACGUAAAUCCAGGACAACGUCCUUCUUACCGUAUGUUAUUUAAUUGUUUGAUGAUUUUACUGGCGUACUUUUGGACUUAUUUUCCUGUACCGAACAACGCUAUGGAUUUUUUAUUGUUAUCUUUGAAACGGUUUUUUGAAGCAUUAGCAUUUUCGAACAAUUGGUUUGCGGCUUUUGCCUUAGCUUUUCCUGGGUCCCUCUAUUUCGGAAAGAAAUCGGUCUUACUGAAGAUAAGUUUAUCAAAUUUGUUGUUUGCCCCUCGUGUAAUGCUACGUACAAGUUUGAAGACUGUCAUCGAACUGUCGGGAAUCGCAAGGUUUCAAAGACGUGCUCGUUUAUUCGGUUUCCGAAUCAUCGACAGUCGCGUAUGCGUAAACCCUGUGGUACUAUUCUCUUGA